GAGAGAGAGCCUGCGCGACUCCGACUCUUCGCUAACGGUGCAGUGUAUGCUUAAUGUAUACACACGCCGAAACUGCUAUUGUGUGUUACGUCCAUGUGUGUACAUAGUCGAGAGACACGGGAAAAAGUCUUGGGCUGCUGCUGCUGCUGUGCCGUGCGCGUGUGUAAGUGUUGCUGCCGUAUCCGCGCCCAUCUCUCUACCUCGUCGUCGUCGUACAGUCCCCGUGUACGUGUUUAUUAGUACGACUGUUUAGUAUAUACGAGAGAGAGAGAGCGAAUAUUUGGCAAAAAUUAUUUACCUCUCUCUCUCUCUCUCUUGCGCGCGCGUGCACAGACGGACAGACAGGCAGACAGUGCAGUGUGUGUACACAUAUUAUAUAGAGUAUAAUAACCCCGCGAGGCGCCGAGUUAGGCAUCGUCGUUGGUCGUGAUUGACCGAAGAUAAGAGGAGCACAGCACAAGGGCCAGCCAAGGGGAAAACUCGUGGGGACUCACACACACUCUCUCUCUCUCUCUCGCCCCGCAAGAUCCAUAUUGACGACGAGAAAUAACGUUUUUAAUUAUAGAAGGUCGGCUCGUUGAUGCUAUAUAUACAGUACACGGUGUGCUACUCUAAAUGUCAAUCUCCAUGAAGAACAAGUACAACCUGUGCGUGUUCGCGUCGCUCGUACUGUGGGCGGUGGUCACGUACUUUCUGCUGCUGAAUCCGCCGCCGAACAUCGACAAGAAGAAGCACAAACAGACGCAGAGGCAGCAGCUGCGCGAGCUCCAGGCCGAAAUGCGCGACCUGAUCGAGAGCAACAAUCAGUUCAUCAAUCGGCUGCGACUCGAGCAGCUCCAGGCCUACGUCAACCGGACCAAACAGCUCGGCUCGUUGGGCCUUCCACUCGAUCAACAACAGCAACAUCAGCAGCAGCAGCAGCAGCAGCAGCAGCAUCAACAGGACGUCAAUCGCAGCCACAACAACGCCACGGACACGAAGAUGUUCAAGCAGCUGAGCACUCGGCGGAGGCUGAGCAACGGCCAGCCGGUGAUAGCCGUGCUGGUCCUGUCAUGCAAUCGGGUGACGGUGCGGCGCUGCAUCGAUCAGCUGCUCAAGUAUCGCAGCAGCGCCGAGCAGUUCCCGAUCGUCGUGUCGCAGGACUGCGGCCACCAGCAGACGAGCGACGUGAUCGAGAGGUACGGCGACCGGAUCUUCCACAUCAAGCAGCCCGACCAGAGCGACAUCGACGUGCCGCCGCGCGAGAAGAAGUUCAAGGGCUACUUCAAGAUCGCGCGACACUACGGCUGGGCCUUGAACGAGAUCUUCUUUCGCUUCAACUUCGACACGGCCAUCGUCGUGGAGGACGAUCUCGACGUGGCGCCGGACUUUUACGAGUACUUUUUAGGCACCCAUCCGAUCCUGGAGGCCGACCCGAGCCUGUGGUGCGUCUCGGCCUGGAACGACAACGGCAAGCCCGAGCUCAUCGACGAGCGCGGCCCCCACCGGCUCUACCGCACGGACUUCUUCCCGGGCCUCGGCUGGAUGCUGACUCGACGGCUCUGGGAGGAGCUGGCGCCCAAGUGGCCCAAGGCCUACUGGGACGACUGGAUACGCCAGCCGGAGCAGCGCAAGGAUCGCGCCUGCAUCAGGCCCGAGCUGCCGCGCACCAAGACCUUCGGCAAGAUCGGCGUGAGCAACGGCAUGUUCUACGAGAAGCAUCUCCGGUUCAUCAAGCUCAACGAGCAGUUCGUGCCCUUCACCAAGAUGAAUCUGAGCUAUUUGUUGCGGGACAUCUACGACGUGGACUUCGUCGAUCAGGUCUAUCGGGCGCCGAUAGUCUCGCUGGCCGACCUCAAGAGCAACGACCCGCGCAAGGAGCUGCCCGCCAACGAGGUCCGUGUGCCGUACUACUCGCGCCAGCAGUACCGCACGCAGGCCAAGAUGCUCGGCCUCAUGGACGACUUCAAGAGCGGCGUGCCGCGCACCGGCUAUCGCGGCAUCGUCAGCUUUCAUUAUCGCGGCUACAGGGUGCACCUGGCACCUGGCUCCAGCUGGACUGGAUAUGAUAUAUCCUGAAGAUAAAAAUUUUAUGGCCAACGAAAAGGCGAAACAACAACAAAACAACAACAAAAACAACAAAACGUACAUUGUAUAGGUAAAUUACGCACACUCGUAUAUUAUAUAGAUAUUAUAAGCAUAGAUAGACAAAAGUUUCACCGCUUGAAACUUUAUACAGAUGUGGUAUAUUAUAUAUUGUAAUUCUGAUAAAUGGGAGCUGUUAUAUGCCUUCGAGAGAGCCAAAGAUGUGUUAGGCCUUACGCGUACAUAGGUAGCAUUAUUAUUGUAUUAGUACCGUAGAGUACAAAAGAGCGAACCAUAACGCGUCGAUUGUAAGUUUGCUUUUCGUCUCUUUCGUUCGUACUUGUUCGUUUUUUUUUUCGUCUUCGAUGAUAAUCGAGAGAGAAAGAGGGAUAGAUACUAGAUCGAUUUUUAGUCCAAAAAUAAUGGAAUUGAAGCUAUCGCGUGUUUAUGCGUGUUUCACUUGUGUCGUCGAGCUAAAGAUAUACAAUUUUCUAAUGUCAAAAACGUUAUAGGUAUUCAUUGUAAAUAUAUUUUAGGGCGAUGAUUGUACAUGUUAUUGAUAUGCGAUAUCCUUUAGUAACUAUUGUUGACAAUAUUUUUAGCGAUUAAUCACAAAACGAUAGAGAUACCGCUUAGGAACGGUAUACGAUUGAGUUUUUCUCUAUUCACAAUGUGUUUUUGAGUUUUAAAAUUAAUUUUUAAGUAUCCAAUAUUGAUAUAGAUAUAAUAAAUCGGAGUCAGUUCAAACGAGAAAGAAAAAUUGCUUUGUCAAGCAAAACACAAAAUCGAAGGAACAUCCUUAGAACUAAAAUUCCUAAUAGUAAGACUGACUCAGUGCCUCUGACAAUAGCAUGUGAUACAAAAGGCUGUGUAUACUACUAUUUAAUAUCUAAUCGCUUUGACUCUAAUUAUUGUUGUAAAAAAAAAGUGAAGCGACUAACUGUGCGCAAAUUUCCGUACCGUAUCGAUGUCUACCAUUUAAAUCGAAUAAUCAUUUUAAAGUUAUAUGAAGUUAACGAAAUGAUUAUGAUUUUUUUAUCUUUAAAGUGUGUUAUAAUCGACUGUCUUGCCGUUUAAAUUAUAGAAUUGUAGUAAAAAUCAAAUUUACUUGCAAAGUAUUAAGUUGGCAGCUUACCAAAUUUGAAUAUUUUUUACUUCGACAAUUGUAUAUUGUAUAAAGAAAAAAA